AUGUCCAGUAAUAUCACUCGGACUGACCCCGAUAUUGACAUGUCGGACAAUGUCAGUGACAUCACUCGGACUAUCCUCGUCAUUUACAUGACGGACAAUGUCAAUGACACCACUCGGACUAUCCUCGAUAUUUACAUGACGGACAAUGUCAGUGACAUCACUCGGACUAUCCUCGACAUUUACAUGGCGGACAAUGUCAGUGACAUCACUCGGACUAUCCUCGAUAUUUACAUGGCGGACAAUGUCAGUGACAUCACUCGGACUAUCUUCGAUAUUUACAUGACGGACUAUGUCAGUGACAUCACUCGGACUAUCCUCGACAUUUACAUGUCGGACAAUGUCAGUGACAUCACUCGGACUAUCCUCGAUAUUUACAUGGCGGACAAUGUCAGUGACACCACUCGGACUAUCCUCGACAUUUACAUGACGGACAAUGUCAAUGACACCACUCGGACUUACCUCGAUAUUUACAUGACGGACAAUGUCAGUGACAUCACUCGGACUAUCCUCGAUAUUUACAUGUCGGACAAUGUCAGUGACAUCACUCGGACUAUCCUCGAUAUUUACAUGGCGGACAAUGUCAGUGACAUCACUCGGACUAUCCUCGAUAUUUACAUGUCGGACUAUGUCAGUGACAUCACUCGGACUAUCCUCGACAUUUACAUGGCGGGCAAUGUCAGUGACACCACUCGGACUAUCCUCGACAUUUACAUGACGGACAAUGUCAAUGACACCACUCGGACUUACCUCGAUAUUUACAUGACGGACAAUGUCAGUGACAUCACUCGGACUAUCCUCGAUAUUUACAUGACGGACUAUGUCAGUGACAUCACUCGGACUAUCCUCGACAUUUACAUGUCGGACAAUGUCAGUGACAUCACUCGGACUAUCCUCGAUAUUUACAUGACGGACAAUGUCAGUGACAUCACUCGGACUAUCCUCGACAUUUACAUGUCGGACAAUGUCAGUGACAUCACUGGGACUAUCCUCGACAUUAACAUGACGGACAAUGUCAGUGACAUCACUCGGACUAUCCUCGACAUUAACAUGACGGAUAAUGUCAGUGACAUCACUUGGACUAUCCUCGAUAUUUUAGUCAGUUGCUUGCAUCAAAGAAUAUAUUAA